ACGUACGUACCUAAGCUCCUUCUUUUGCAACAUAAAAUCUUCUUCACUGUUACUUUUGUUCUUUUACUCUUCCUUCUCCGUAUUUUCAAAGUCAAACUACAUAUUAUAUUUGAUCAACAAGUAUAAGAGUAACCAGUCGCCAACAAUCAUUUUAGAGUCCGACUUCAGAUAAAAUCAUUUUCCUUAUAUAGAAGCGUGAUAGUCGCUCCUAAAUAUUUACCGAGCGAACCAUUUGAUAAAGUCAUUAUUAUUUUAAUCAUUAUAUUACGUAAGCAACGAAAGUGCUUGAGCCAAAGCUCUAGAAAAAUUAAAAGAAUGGAAGGUAUACAAAUUCGCGAAGCUAAACGAGAAGAUUGCAAGGCGAUCCGUGAUUUAAUACAGGAAUUAGCAGAUUUUGAAAAAAUGCCGGAUGGCCCAAAAAUUGAUGCUAAAGAAAUUGGCAGAAAGUUCGGGCAAGUCGAACGGCGCUAAAUUAAAGUAUGAAACUCUUGAGGAAGAUGGAUUCAAUUCUGAUCGGCCAUUAUUCUAUUGCUAUGUGGCCACAGCAUCUGAGAGAAUAAUUGGAUAUACUGUGUAUUAUUAUACGUACUCAACCUGGAACGGUAAAGCAAUGUAUCUGGAAGACUUGUAUGUCUUACCUGAAUUUCGCAAGAAGCACGUAGGUAGUAGCCUCUUUAAAACAGUUGUCAAGAAAGCUGCGGAUAGCAAUUGCUGCAGGCUGGAUUUCGCCGUCCUGAAUUGGAAUCCCGCACGAGAAUUCUACAAAAGUAUGGGAGCUGUUGACUUGACCGAAAAAGACGGAUGGCAUCAUUUCUCUUUAGAAAACGUAGCCCUUAAGAAACUGGCUGCUGUGAAAUAACUAUAGAGACUUCAUUAACAAAAAUUAAUAUACGGAUGUGCUUGUAAAUUGUACUAAUCGCGUACAAAUAAAAGAGAUGCAUAUUGAAAUUGAA